AUGACGGUUUUCUCCGGCAAACAAGUCGUUCCGGUGGAUUACGAGGCCGAGGUGUCACAACGGCUUCUGGAUGCUAUCCUCGACGGAGAUAUCAAAACGGCAUCGGAUUGCGUCUCCGAUCCGCUCGUCGACGUGAAUUUCGUCGGCGCCGUCAGCUUAAAGACGAGGAGGACCGAGGUCGUGCUCCGUGAUGAAUCCGCCAGCGAAUGUCGAGUCGAGUACGAGGAGUUCAAAACGGACGUAACGGCGCUGUUCCUCGCCGUUAAUCUCGGAAACGUUGCUCUCGUGAAGAUAUUACUGAACAUUGGAGCUGAUGUGAACCAGAAGCUCUUCAGGGGGUUUGCGACUACUGUAGCCGUAAGAGAAGGUCAUUUCGAGGUAUUUGAGAUUCUACUCAAAGCAGGUGCUUCUCAGCCCGCUUGCGAGGAAGCUCUAGUAGGGGCGAGCUGUCACGGACGCCCGAGGUUCGCUGAGCUGCUCAUGGGAACUGAUCUUAUUCGUCCUCAUGUUGCUGUGCACGCUCUUGCCACUGCUUGUUGCAGAGGUUUUGUGGACGUUGUAGGGACAUUGCUCAAAUGUGGGGUAGAUGCUAAUUCAACCGACAGGCUUCUGCUUCAAUCUUCAAAACCUUCUCUUUACACAAAUGUGGACUGUACAGCUCUUGUCGCUGCCAUUGUCAACAGGCAGGUCUCGGCCGUCCGCUUGCUACUUCAGGCUGGUGUCAAGACAGAUAUCAAGGUGAGGCUUGGAGCAUGGUCAUGGGACACUAACACUGGAGAAGAGUUCCGUGUGGGAGCUGGCGUGGCUGAGCCAUACCCUUUAACCUGGUGUGCAGUAGAAUUCUUCGAAACUAGUGGAGACAUUUUGCGUCUGCUUCUCAAAAUCCAGUCCCCAAACGCUCCUCACAAUGGUCGGACUCUGCUCCACCAUGCCGUCCUCUGCGGUAACCAGGCAGCCGUCAGAGUCCUCCUCAACUGUGGAGCCGAUCCAGAAACUCCUAUCAUAACUUCACGUGGCAUUGAACUCCGACCGAUUCAUAUCGCGGCACGUUACGGAUCGGUGGAGAUCAUACAACAACUUGUUGGCUUCGGCUGCGGUAUUAACUCAAAGACUGAUUCUGGGGACACGGCUCUGCUGAUCUCAACAAGACACAAACAUUCCGAGUGCGUAAAGGUUCUAGCCCUCGCUGGUGCUGAUUUCGGCUUACUGAACAAGUUCGGCCACUCUGUUGUUUCGGCCGCUGAAUCAAACAAGUGGUCUCUCGGAUUAGAACGAAGGAUUCUUGAACUGGUCCGGUUCGGUGUGGUUCCAUAUUCGAGCAGCGCUUCAGUUUUCUCGCCUUUGCUAUACGUGGCUCACGCAGGAGAUGCCGAGGCUAUUAAAUAUCUUGUAAAAGCCAAAGACAUCAUCAUAGACUAUCAAGACGAGGAAGGCUUCUCUGCUGCAAUGCUGGCUGCUAUGAACAGCCACGUUGAAGCGUUCAGGGUCUUAGUCUACGCAGGCGCGGACGUGAAGCUAUUCAACAAAUCCGGCGACACAGUGGUUUCUCUGUCCGAGAAGAAGGGUAACCGCGACAUGAUCGAGAAGGUGAUGCUCGAGUAUGCACUCGAGAAGGAUAACAGGAACUUGGAGGUCGGGUUCUACGCUCUACACUGUGCUGCAAGGCGUGGAGACGUCGAAGCGGUGAAGCUUUUAAUUGGAAAAGGAUACUGUCUUGACGUCCCGGAUGGAGACGGCUACACCCCGUUGAUGCUUUCGGCCAUAGAAGGCCAUGGGAAGAUGUGUGAGUUGCUAAUCGCGCGUGGCGCAAAUUGCAACGCUAGCAACGGAAGAGGGAAAACGCUGCUGGAUCUCGCGGUUGGUGAUGCGGAGAAGGUGAUCCGUAACGAGUUGUCUCGGAGGGUUGUGAUAAAGGGAAGCAGUGUGGUGAAACACACCAAGGGAGGGAGAGGGAAGAAGCAUGUGAAGGAAUUGAGAAUGUUGGAAGCAAGUGGAGUGCUAAGUUGGGGAAAGUCGCGGAAGAGAAACGUGGUGUGUAAGGAAGUAGAGAUCGGGAUGAGCCAGCGGUUCAGGAGGAACCGCAAAGGGAAAGGCAAUGCAGCGGAGGAGGAAGAAGGGAUUUUCCGGGUAGUGACUACGGAGAACAAGGAAGUUCAUUUUGUGUGUGAAGGUGGGUUGGUGGGUGCAGAGAUGUGGGUUAGAGGAAUAAGACUUGUGACCAGAGAGACUAUUUGUGGUAGAAGUCAGAAUUAA